AACAAUGAAAAAUCAAGAAGCAGAGGUAAACACCUUACCCUUAGAGAUUGAAGGACAACUUGGAGAAGUAGAAAUUAUGCUUGCAGAAACUAAACAAGAGGAUGUGCCUAAGGAGGAAGAGGAAAAAGCUCAGGUGUCAUUUGUAGUGUUCAAUGGGGAGUCUCCUUUAACCAAAUCUGAUUUUAAUGAUUAUUUUGUUAUUGAUAUGGUUGAUGAGAUUUUGCAGAAAAACAUUUAUGAGGAUCCAUUUGAGAUUUACCUUAUUCAAGCAAAAGACUCAAUCAAAGAAUACACAAAUUGCUUGAACACAUCAUCUUCCUUGGAAUCAAAAGGGGCACUCCUAGAAGAAUUGGGAAGGCACAUCUACUGGCCUAAACCCAAACCACCUCAAAAUAGUCAUUGGAGAAAAUCUUAUGGUGGAUUCAACUUAAGGGCAAGGAAGCCAAGAUUUAAGAAAACGAGAGGACAUGCCCUACGACCUGAUCCAAAACCACCUUGGAGUGGUAGAAAGUCUAGCUAAUGACUAUAAAUUAAGCGCUUCUUGGGAGGCAACCCAAGCAUAAAAUUUUCUUUUAUUUUUCUUUUAUAGUUCAAAUUUUCUUUUAAUGUUUUUCUUUUUCUCUUUAUGGCCUAGGUUAAUGCAUAAAUUGUUGUUCUUUGA